ACAUGGACACGGCAAAAAAGUUAAGUUUUUCAUGACGACGAAUAAGCAAAUCUCCAUUUCCUUGGGGAUAGAGAUAUUUUUUAUGCUGGUGCUGCUGUGUCUGAAUACCAUGCGCGCACAGCCCUUGCUGAGUCAGAGUCUGUGAAAUGUAAUAAAUUAGUGGUUCUCAGUUACCUCCUGUUUUCUUCUUUUCUCUACACCUUUGAUAUGGCACCCACCGUAUCAAUCCGCUCAUGUACAGCUGAGGAGGCUGCAGAUUACUUUUAUAAAUGGCCUGUGAGUGAGGAGUGGAACCCAGGGAAUCAAGGCCACGACCUCAACCAAGUAUACUACAACUUGGAUCCCGAAAGCUUUUUUGUUGGAACCAUAGCGGAAGACGGAAACCCAGAUAAGCAGACAGUGGUUGCUAUCGUGAGCGUCGUACGUUACGGGAAGGAAAGCGCCUUCGUAGGCUUUUAUAUCGUCGCGCCAGAACACCGUGGCAAAGGCUAUGGCCUUGCCGUGUUUCAACACGCGUUAAACCAUGUGGAAGAUCGACCCUGUGUAGGCUUAGAUGCGGUUAUGGAGCAAGUCCAUAAUUACGAAAAGUCAGGCUUCACCAUCUCUUCUUGGGAAAACGAACGAAGAACCGGUAGUGCUGACGUGAUUUUGGAAAGACUGUCAUCGUUUGAAACCCUGGAAGGCAAGAAGGUCAUGAAUGCGUGUGACGUGCCAAUAGAGGAGCUCUACAGACUGGAAGAGAAAUACAACGGCUGGAACCGUCCGGUUUUUGUUUCGGAAUGGAUUAAAUUUCAUUCUAAUAAUGCAAAAUAUGGGCGUUUCAGUGUGGCUGUCAUGGAAGAAGGCAAGGUGCUUGGCUACGGCUGUGUUCGUCCCGCCAUCACGUCUUUUCGCGUGGGGCCAUUGUUUGCGCAGUCGCCAGAUGUAGCUAAGGCUAUCCUCUACAAGUUGGCCAAGCUAGCCACGGAAGCACUUGCACAGCCGGAUAACGACAUCACGCCAUCCGUCAAAAACGUCUUUGAUAUCGACAUUCCUAUUGUCAACCCUCAAGCUGUUGCCCUGUUUGAUGAGCUGGAUAUGCCCAAUACCUUCACUACGCUUCGAAUGUGGAAAGGAAGAAAGCCCGAGGUGGAUACAGAAGGCAUCUUUGGAAUUGCCACCGUUGAAGUUGGUUAAUGGAUGCUUUAACUCUAGAACACACUACAAUCCAUCAUUAAAAAAAAUAUACUUUUUCAAAAUUGACGUAAGACUGCACAUCACACGGUCCGCUU